CGAAGCGGGAGGAUUGCGAGCCUCCUGUGCGUUCCUGGGAAGCCAUGCUGCUGAGUCGUGCACGUUUCGCAGCGGUCCGAGCUUCACACAAUCGCCUGGCGCAAUCCAGGCUGCAGCCUGCUUCCCGCCUGGCCUCGAGCCAACGCGGAUUCCAGGAGUGGGGCACCCUCCGGGAGCGCGCGACGCGCUGGCUCGAGCGCCGCCGGGCCUACCGGCUCGCGUCGAGCCUCGCGAGCAAGUGGUGGAUCCGCCGGCCGCUCCGGGCGGGGCGCUACGUCGUGUUGGGCGGCGUUUUGUUCGCGAGUGGUCGAGAAAUCGGCAGCAUCGAGUACGCGAACGACCCGGUGGCGAAAGAAAGGGAGCUCCUCGAGGCUGUCAUAAGGAGCGCGGGCGGCGUCCGGGCCUCGGUCGACGGCCUGCACGCCAUCGCCGCGCUCCCUCCCACAAAACGGACGAAGCGCGUCGACGCCCGCGUCCAGCCCGUCGUCGCGCGCUGCGUCGCGGGCGCGCGCGAGCUGGCGCGAAGGCGGCUCGAGAAGGCCAAGGCGAGCGGCGUGAAGCGUGACAUCGACGAAGCCCAGGCGCUCGUCAACAAGAUCAGUAGGCCCUGGAAGGCCGUGGUCGUGGGCACGCCCGACGGGGGGCUGCCCUUCAUUAAUGCCUGGGUGACGGCCUUGUGCCCGCGCACUGUCUUCGUGACGGAGGCGCUCGUCGAGGAGCUCGACCCGACGCCCGACGAAUUGGCUUUAUGCAUCGGCCACGAGCUCGGGCACCUGGUCUGCGGGCACACGGAGGAUAGGAUUUACUUGAAGGCCAUGCUCGCCUACGCCGAGCUGAUUCUGCUGGCGUUCCUCGACCCGACGGGGCUGCUCACAUUAUUGGGUGCCAUGGGUUUUCAGAACACGGCCGAGCUGUUCCUCGCGAAGUACUCGCGGGAUAACGAGACGGAGGCCGACGCCACUGGGCUGAAGAUCGCUGCUUUAGCGUGCUACGACGUCCGGCGCGGCACGCAUUUCAUGAGGAAGCUCAGCGAGGCGACGGGUUCGCGGCCGACGUCGUGGUGGGCGACGCACCCGGCGACUGAGGACCGCUACGCCGACCUGCGGAGCAGUUCGCUGGGCGUGCACGAGAACGUCUACGGGUCGCACUGCACCGCCGUGGGGAAGGCGCUCCAGCGCCUCGUGACUCGGUGA